GUCUCCCCAUCCAUUAUGGGCUGCUUCCUCCGACGGCUGCAGCUGCUCUCCACCUGCAUGGCCUUCUCACUGGGGGCCAGCGUGGGCACUUGGAGGGGGGCCAUAGGUAACUGGUCCAUGUUCAUCUGGUGCUUCUGCUUCGCUGUGACACUCGUCAUCCUCGUGGUCGAGUUAUGUGAGUUGCAGGACCACUUCCCCUUCUGGGACAACUUUCUCAUCACCUACAACUGCUACUCCGCCCUCCUCUGCUUUUCAGCCUCCAUUGUCUACCCCACCUCCUACCUCCAGUUCUUGCCAGACAGCAGCUACCGGGGCCACGCCAUCGCUGCCACUGCAUUCUCCUGUAUUGCUUCUGUGGCUUAUGCCAUGGAGGUGGCUGGGACGAGGACCCAGGCCGGCAGGACCACAGGCCAUAUGGCCACCGUACCAGGCCUGCUCAAGGCACUGCAGACUGUCGUGGCCUGUGUCAUCUUCCUCUUCAUCAGCAGCCCCUACGUCUAUCAGCAGCAGCCGGCCCUGGUGUGGUGCGUGGCCGUGUACUCUGUCUGCUUCCUCCUGUCCUCCGUGGUCAUCUUGCUAAACCUGGGUAAAUGCGACAAUAGGCUGCCCAUCCCCUUCCCCCGUUUCCUGUUGGGGCAGACCCUGCUCUCCGUCCUCCUCUACACCAGCGCUGUGGUCCUCUGGCCUCUCUAUCAGUUCCACGAGAAGUUGGGCGGCCAGCCCCAGCGGCCCAGAAACGUGAGCUGCAGCGAUAGACUCACCUACUUGGUGUGCAUCUGGGACCAACGACUGGCUGUGACCAUCUUGACAGCCAUCAACCUGCUGAUUUACGUGACUGACCUGGUGAUCUCUGCUCGCUUGGAUUUUGUCAGGGUCUGA